AUGACUACGGUUUCAGCACCUGGAGAGAACUUCGAGGUUCGCCAGACCUCUGCGACCAAAGAUUGGCAUCCAGAUCGUAAGCGUCGAAGUCUUGACAAAGCCAGACAAGCGCUUCUUGAUGAUAUCAUUGCUCUCUACAGCUGCGAGCCGACGAUUGAGAGAGUGGAGCGUUAUACACCUGAUUGCGUAUAUGAUGAUCAGUUUGUAUAUGCAAAUGAUCGUUACAAAUUGGCAGGCCAGUGGUUUGCUCUGCCAAAACUUUUCAAAGCGUCCAAGAACGAAGGUUACCAAGUCGUUCGCAGCGACGACGAAGUACUCCAAUUCAAGAAUGAACAAUCCUGGACCUUCAAGGUCAUUCCCAAAACCACCACCAUCAACGCACUCGUCACUCUCUCCCUAGAUCCCGAAACCGUACACAGCGACUUCGUCCGCGUCAAAGGACUCGGAUUUUCGUUCAAGAAGUGGCAGGCAGAUCAAGUGGCCAAGCAUAUGGAUUCGAGAGAGGUGGCUGCGUUUGAAGCGGAUAAAAAUGCCGGCAAGGAGCAUGUGAGGAAGUAUGGUGAUGGUAAAGGAGAUGCGCCUGAGAAGAACCUGUAGAUACUGGUGGGGAAGGACUUCAAUGUUUCGAAUUUCCCGGACAUUUUAUUAUCGUAGACUUUGAAUGUACGAUGCGUCGAUUGGACAUUGGGAACACCUGAAAUGUUGCGCUUGACUUGGAAUAUUGAACGUGAGUGCGGCGUGUUUGUUCCUCCGCAAGGGAGCCGCUUAUCAAUUUCCCUCGCAUCUUGGAACUUUGGCCAAGAACGAUCUGCUCAUCCUCCUUUGGGAUGUCCCGGCUCUAUCUGGAACAAUGAAUCAACGACAACCAAUAACACCACCAGAAUUUCCUGACCAAUUUCAAACAACAUUAGUACCCUGAAAUCAUAAGCUCCAAGUUCCUCUAGCUUCUAAUCUUUGAGUGAUCGAUGGAAGCUUUCCUCCUUGUUGCGGAGGACUCAUUUACUCAUUGUUCAUUAACUUGAAGCCGUGUGAAGGAUGGGAGGUAUCCGA